CAGACACUCAGGUAAUCCAGUAUGCGGGCUCUGGUGUUUCUGCCUCUGCUAUUGUGUGCAGUAGUGUACGUGGACCAGGUGAGAGCAGAGGUGAAGGCGGUGAAGCUGUGUGGUCGAGAGUUCCUGAGGGCCGUCGUCUACACCUGUGGAGGCUCUCGAUGGAGGAGAUUCCUCAGCGAGUCAGACAUGGACGGUUUUCCAACAGGGGAACAGAACAGCCUGGAGACCCUCGGCAGCAGCAGCCCGGGCUCUGAGUUGACCAGGCGAGACAUUAAUAACAUACUGACCACCGUGUGCUGCCAGGUGGGCUGCAGGAAGAGCGACCUCACCUAUCUUUGCUGAGGACGACACCCUCUCUUCUUCUCUCUCAUUCUCCAAAUGAGCAAAAUGACUGUCUUCUCCCAUCUCGCCUUACUGGAAACCAAAUCUCAAUCGCAAUGCUGAUGUUUAAAAACAUGAUCACUGUACUGAACAAUACGCUCAUAUCCACAACUGCUAUUUUUCUAACUGCUUUUGACAUAUUUGCGGGGUUUUAUUACUUUAACUUGUAAGGAGUGUAGAUGUGAAUGUGGACCACUUGAGCAUCUGAGAACAUGUUUCUGAAAAUCUGAGCUGGGACCAUAGAUAAAUAUAUCCUUAGCAAAACUAAAUUGGAUGUAAAAUCUCUCAGGGGCGGUAUUGUCACCUUCCUCUCAGAUUCUCAGCUGAGCUGUAGUGAGUAUCCACAGCGUUGCAGGUUUGUAAAAUCUCCAUCUUUGCUUUGAUGUAUUUUUAGGAAACUUAAUCUGCAUUCUAUCAUUUUGCCAUUUUUGUCAAAUAAAUGUUCUUGCACAGGG